AUGGACUGGUUGGCAGCUUGCUAUGCCACAGUUGAUUGUCGAGCAAAGAUAGCUAGAUUUCAUUUGCCGGAUGAGCCCGUCCUUGAUGGAGUUGGUCGAGUUGAGAGAGCGAGUUCCGUGCCAGAAGAAGCCGUUGUUAGAACUCAAGAUGGGGUUCUCAGAUACAGGGGUUGUUUGUGUGUUCUAGAUGUAGCAGGGCUACGAGACAGGAUUAUGUCAGAGCCACAUUAUUCGUGGUACUCCAUUCACCCUGGGUCGACGAAGAUGUAUGAUGAGAUUAAGGAUGUGUAUUGGUGGAACGAUAUGAACAAGAAUAUUGCUGAGUAUGUUGCUCAGUAUCCUAGUUGCCAUUACUACUUCAGUAUCCAGAUGGCUCCGUACGAGGCUUUGUAUGGGCGCAGGUGCAGAUCUACUAUAGGGUGGUUUGAUGUUGGAGAAUCUGGGUUACAUGGGCCAGACCUAGUUCAGCAGGCCAUAGAAAAAUUGAAGCUUAUCCGGGAGCGACUGUUGAUAGCUCAGAGUCGUCAGAAGUCAUAUCAUGAUGUGCGGCGAUGA